AUGGAAAAUGUUGAAAUAAUGGGCCUUGGAGGCUUUGAGAGCGGGGCGAGCGCCGGCCUUGCACCACUUUACCCGUCCGACUAUAGACUGAACUGGCGCUGCGUUUACUGCAACAGUUUUCUGCCGUGGGUCUUACUCCGUAACGCACAAAUCCCCCCUAACCUUUUCAACUUCUCUGUCAUUGCAGUGGCUCAGAAAAUAGUCGCGACCCGGAAGAAACAGCAGCUGUCGAUCGGACCCUGUAAGUCACUGCCUAAUUCUCCAAGCCACUCCUCCGUCUGCGCAGCGCCCGUUUCCGCAGUGCACAUCAGCCAGACCAGCAAUGGUGGAGGCAGUUUGAGCGAUUACUCUUCUUCCGUGCCAUCCACUCCCAGUACCAGUCAGAAGGAACUACGUAUCGAUGUACCCCAAACUGCCAACACCCCUACGCCAGUCCGCAAACAGUCCAAGCGGCGCUCCAACCUCUUUACGUCUCGGAAGGGAAGCGAACCAGACAGGGAGAAGAAAGGGAUGGAUGGCCGCGCAGACAGCAUUGGAAGUGGCCGCGCUAUCCCAAUUAAACAGGGCAUGUUGCUGAAAAGAAGCGGCAAGUCGCUGAACAAAGAGUGGAAGAAGAAAUACGUCACACUUUGUGACAACGGAGUCCUCACGUAUCAUCCUAGUCUCCAUGAUUAUAUGCAGAAUGUUCAUGGGAAGGAGAUCGACCUGCUACGGACUACAGUGAAGGUUCCAGGGAAGAGGCCCCCCAGGGCCAUCUCCACAUGUGCGGCCCCCAGUCCCAAAACCAAUGGGUUGACCAAGGACAUGAGCAACCUGCAGCUUGGGCAGACACCAGGCUCUGUGACCAGUAGUUCUUCUGCAUCUCAGAUGGCGAGUGGCAUCAGUCUGGUGUCGUUUAACAGCCGGCCGGAUGGGAUGCAUCAACGCUCAUAUUCUGUGUCCAGCGCUGACCAAUGGAGUGAUGCCACGGUCAUCGCCAACUCAGGAAUCAGCACGGAUACGGGUCUGGGAGAUUCUGUGUGCUCCAGUCCAAGCAUAUCCAGUACCACCAGUCCUAAGAUGGACCCACCUCCAUCACCUCACGCCAACCGCAAAAAACACAGGAGGAAGAAGAGUACCAGCAACUUCAAGGUGGACGGCUUCUCUGGAACCGCAGAAGAACAAGAGGACAACUUUGAGUUCAUCAUCGUUUCUCUGACGGGACAGACCUGGAAUUUUGAGGCGACGUCCUACGAGGAGCGGGACGCAUGGGUUCAGGCCAUUGAGAGCCAGAUUCUGGCAAGUCUACAGUCCUGUGAAAGCAGCAAACAAAAGUCUCGUCUGAGCAGCCAAUCAGAAGCCAUCGCUCUGCAGUCUGUCAGGAACAUGAGAGGAAACACGCGCUGUGUGGAUUGUGAAGCCCAGAACCCUGACUGGGCCAGUCUGAACCUGGGGGCUUUAAUCUGUAUAGAAUGUUCAGGCAUUCAUCGCAACCUGGGUACUCACCUGUCUCGUGUCCGCUCUUUGGACCUGGACGAGUGGCCUCUAGAGCUCAUCAAGGUCAUGUCGGCUAUCGGCAAUGAGUUGGCUAAUAGUGUGUGGGAAGCCAAUGCUCAAGGACGCCUAAAGCCCGCCCCCGAUGCCACCAGAGAGGAACGUGAGCGCUGGAUCAGAGCCAAAUAUGAGCAGAAGUUGUUUUUGGCAUCGCUGACGUGCACAGAGCUGACUUUGGGACAGCAGUUACUGCGGGCCACAGCGGAGGAAGACCUGCGCUUCGUGGUCAUACUGCUGGCCCACGGCUCCAGAGAUGAGGUCAACGAAACCUGUGGGGAAGGUGAUGGCCGGACAGCCCUACACCUGGCCUGCCGCAAGGGGAAUGUUGUGAUCACGCAACUGCUCAUAUGGUACGGCGUUGACAUCAUGGCACGGGAUGCUCACGGCAAUACGGCUUUGGCUUACGCACGGCAGGCUAACAGUCAGGAGUGUAUGGACGUCCUCCUGCAGUACGGCUGUCCUGAUGAGCGUUACCCGCUCAUGGCCACCCCUAACCUGUCACGCAGGAACAAUAACCGCAAUAACAGCUGCAGCAGCAUGAACAGUGCAGUUAUAUGAGAAGUAGACUCACAUACACACAAACAUGUAUUCUGGUCAGCACUCCCUCCCUACACACACACACACACACACACACACCCCUUCAUAUGUACAGCUCCACCACUACAUCAGAAUCAUGAGACUAUACCAGACUCAAGGGAAAGACCCCGACACUGAUGACGACGACGAAGAAGAAGCACGAGCAGAGCUACUGUGUUUGCCUGACUUUACAGUCCCACAUGGCAAGGGCUCGGCCAAUCACGCGUCAUCCACUUUUUUGUUGUUCAUUUUGGGAGAGUGUCCCACAUCUAAUGUCUCGCUGCACUGCAUUGGACUUUGGUUUUUCUGACUGCACCAGUUUAAGCUACCAAUGCAUGAUGGGAGAAUAGAGUGUGAGUUACAUGAGCGGGUUACAUCAGCGUUCAUGUUUCUUAAUACAUGACAAAGCAAGACAGGAGAUGAUGGGGCGGCAUGGGAUACUUUUACGCCAGAUCUUCAAAGUGACCCGGAAGAACCAGAGAACGUCACACCAUGUGUGUCUGGACUUCCAUCUCACCGCUUUGACACUGAUUUUUCUGUUUGAUCUCAUUCUCUCAGACUUCUCUUCGCAAAUGUUCUUACCGUUUUACGUCAGCAUGUCCGUUUUAAAAGGAAUAUGAAAGGAUGUAAUGACAGUUUUUGGAAAACACCCAAAUAUUGAGUCCUAGGUUUGAAGUUAGAAUCAGACACGGUCUUUUAAACUGUUUUUUUUAACAUUGUUGAGUAGCAUUUGUCUAAGUGCUUAUUUGUGGACCAAUGGAAAAUUCGUAAAAACAAGUGUUUCUCAAAAGUAAAAGGGAAUUGCAUUUUUAUUUUCACCAGCUUUUAUUUAGCAGGAUAAUCUUCUAGUACGUGAAUCUAGCCUUACGUGUCUCCCAUCGAUCGGCUCACAGUGAAGCGUGCGGACACGGGUUCUGAUGAACCACAUUUCAGAAGUUAAAUCAUCAGAAGUGCAGGACUGAAGCUCGAGUGUUCAUCAUUAAAAUCUCCACAGAAUAUCAGGAAAUCGUGCAAAGACUGAAGACGCUUUCAUGCAGCGACGUGCCUCUCUCAGGUCAUCUCCGUCUGUUCCUGAACCUCGUAUCUCAAAGGAGAGAAGGGCUCUCCGGGUCUUCAUUCCUGAUCUGUACAUACUCUCUCUCUCUCGUUCUGUUGUUUCUCUAAGUAGUGUAAUAUAUAGAAAAGUAUUUCAAGAAAACUCUCCCCCUGAGAAAAGGCGCUAUUAUAUAUUUUUACCUCACCCACUUCUCGUUUCAGUGCAAGUGUGCCUGUUUGAGUCCAGUUCACUCUUCCUGCUCCCUCUCUCUUAGUUUUCCUCCUUUAUAACGACUAUUAAAGCAAUACGAAGUCAAAAUUCAGCCAGGUAGACACACGCGUUUUGGACGUCACCACAGCGGUCUGAGCUGCUGUUUUUCUUGAGAGACGUAAAGCCGAUGUAAGACUGUCUCAGGGCGUAUAUAUAUCAUUACAAAAGAUCCCACGAAGGCUUUGAUAUGGACUUAUUCCAUAUUUUGAUGGGCUUUGAUCAUUUAAUCUCCCAUUGAUCGUGCUCCUCACUAGGUAGUAGAAACGUGAAGGUACUUGGCUUAGGGUUGGAGACGGGAGAAGAUGCGUCGCAGGAUGUAUGUUCCGCAAAAUACAAACGAUCUGGAAAGUCUUUAAGCUAGUUGAUAGACGUUUGGGACUGUGUAGAGAAUCUUUAACUAGCAAGCGGCGAGAGUUGAAAAGCUUUAGCGAAGGACGUGGUUAUAGGAAGUAAGAGAGAAACCUGGAGGUAUGUUGAUUUUCAGCUCGUAAGGGGGCAGUUUUCGCCUUGUGUAUAUAUAUAUGACGUAGCAGGCCUUUAGAGGCUUUACCACAAUAACCAUUAUUUAUGACUAAAUGCACUACAGAACACAGAUCACUUGUCGUGAAGAACCCACGAUAUAAUGUCCACUCUGAAUCCUUUCUGUGGAAAAACAGUUGUUUUUGAUCUUUUUGCAUGAAUGGAUGUAAAUGUUCUCUUCCUUGUGUAAACGUCUUCGUCUUCAUAAAAUGACCGUACCCUUGACAGGUGACACUAAAGAGUCUGCCAUCGUAAUAUGAAAAAAUACUUUUUAUCGACUUCUUCUUCUUUAUUUUCUGUCUGUCCUCCCAUCUGCUUCUUCAGUGAUUCUUCUCCUUUGGAUCAUCUGUCCGUCUGUAACGAUAAAGCAAGCAUGAAUGAGCAAAACAGACAAAAAUCCCACCAAUACCGUAACGGCAACCAAAGCAUCACGUCACCCCUUGCGAGCGAAAUAAUGCAGGCUUGAAGGGGGCUUUAUCAGUACACUCCGAGUUGCUCGAACAUAUCCUUGGUUUUUUUUUUUUUUCGUUUCCAUUCGCCAGUCAUCGCUUUGUGUAAAUAGAUGUAAAAAUGGAGAAAGCGUAGUGUUUUUACCUUGUUUUUGUUUGUGUUUGUUACCUCAUUUCAAUGACAGUCUCCAUGUUACGUUGGAACCCGAGACACCCGUUUAAUUAUUUAUGAAUAUGCUAAUCUCAAAGGGGAGGAGCUCUCUCACACUACUUGGGUUUUGCAUUUGUUCCUUUAUUCAGUCCAUUGGCAUCACAACUAUCAUUCUGAUUCGAAUUAUCGGUGUUGUAUUUCUAAUUAUUAUUGUUAUUAUAUUGAGUUUGUGUCAGCUGUACAGUACUGUGUUGAAAAAUUAUACCUGAUGCAGAGUCUUAUACUGUAUGUGUCUCUUUUCAAUAAAAAGCUUCUUAAUA